CCCUUCUUUCAGAGAAGACUAAUCCCAACGUUUCAACUGCAUAGCUACAUCAGGUAGAUGGCCUUAACCAAUCAGAAGUUAGAAGACUGCUCGGAUCAAAAGAGAACUGCAACAGGGAACUGGUUUUGUUGACGGGACAGUCUGGGACAAAAUGGGGCAUGGUAAUAUUGUCGUAGUCGAGUUUUCAGAAUCAGAAACAAAUAUGUAACAUGAUAGAAUUGUCACUUGCGAGGUUGCCGCACCGUAGUUUGUAAAACAGACCGAUGAUUUCUCUGAAUUUGUAAAACAUCACCAGGCAAAUAACCGACAGCAGUUAAUGGCGGCGUCGGCCCAACUGAGCCCGCAUCAGAGGACGCGCAGAAAUCGCCUCCUGAUUUUGUGCGUGGUUGUUUGGGCGGGGCGUGCAAUUCCCCGAUUCGAGCGGAACUCCUCCCAUCCGAUCCGGCGGCGGAGGACAAUAUAAAAGCGAGCCAAUCGGCGUCUAGCUGUAGCACCUCUGCGUCUCAAGAUUAGAGAUCCAUUAGCUGUAGCACCUCUGCCUCCCACGAAUCGAUUCGACGACAUCUUGCUGGUACAACCUACCAUCAUGGUGGGCAUGCUAUUGAACGCCGGCCGCAGCAAUGGCCGCGGCGGCAGGAGGACUAGCAUCCAGUCACCACCGCAGGUCCUCUCCUCUGUUCCCUUACUCGUCUACGAGUACGAGGAUCCCGCCGUUGUUCAUCCAGCAGGCUCUACUCCUACCGCUGCCGCAAAGAUGCUCAUGUACAGCCUGCCUGAGCGGAGCAUCGUCUACACGCACGACAGCAGGCCUCAGGCCAUGGAGGGCAACUUCUUCAGCACGCCUCAAGGCUGGCUGGUCAUCCUUGGACAAGUGACGUCGGAGGCCUCCAUGUGGCAUCCGCUCACCGGGGAGACCAUCACCCUCCCACCCAUACACGACGACCACUACAUCCCCACCAACUGCAAGUGCCUGCUCACCCACAACUCCGCCGCCCACCCGGACUGCGCCGUGGUGCUCCUCGACGUCGCCGAUCCUCUCAUGUGGUUCUGCCGUGUCAAUGGCGGGGCUGACCGGAGGUGGGGACAGCACACCUACGACAUUGGCGACUACGAGUUCCUCGAUGAGUUCCGCACCCCCUCUACGCCCACCAAGAAAGUCAUUGGAAGCGUCGCCGCGCUUAAAGGGAAGCUGCAUUUUUGCUUCAUGGAAUCGCACCAAAACAAGAUGUGCGUCGUUGACUUAGAUUUCCCGUCCGAUCAUGGCCACCCUCCCACCGUAGAGUUCCACGAGUUUGAUGUCUCCCCAGAGUUCGGCAUCAAGUUUCCUGACGGCAUCUGCUCCAUCCACUUGGUAGAGUCCAUGGACGAGCUUUUUGCCGUCUGCGUCUUCUAUGUCGGUUUUGAUCCCACCAACGUCAGUGCUGCUCGAAUCUUCAAGAUGGAGGACUCCUGCGGCGAGGAAACCGUGGCCUGGCACCGGGUGGAUGAUAUCGGUGACAGGGCUUUUCUCUUGACCGGCACCAACAUGGCAACUUGGUGCUCUGCAAGCACCAAUAACCUGAAAGGCAGCACCCUCUAUUUCUUCUUAGACUUCUUACUUGGCGACAGGGAUCUAUACAUCUAUGAUGUCCAGGAGCAGUCCAUGGAGACUGUCCAGGUUCACGACCAGCUAGAUUCUAAGGUCGUGCACACAGAACCAUACUGGAUUAAUGUACCUCCGUUUUAGUAUUAGCCCAUUACAUUAUAUUCUACUCUUUUAGUUAAUAUAGCUUCCUGCUACUCUUUUAGUUAAUAUUGAUUCAGUAAAAAUAAAUAAAUAAUUUGCUCCGGUUUUGGCACUA